UAAUUUAAAAAUAGAAACAAAGCUGAUCAUAGUUAGUGUUAAACAUGCCAAUAAAAUAUAUUGGUCGAACACAUGACUUUAAAGGGAAACCAUUAUGGGAAAUAUUGGCAAAUUUAAAGAAUUUUGGUGUAGAUCGAAUAGUAAUACGAAAUAGACAACAAAGAUAUCCUGAAUCAUCUUUUAUGAAGAUUCUCAAAGUUGCUGCAUUACCAGAUACUUCAAAACAUCCACAUGACCCACGAAAAUGUAUAGUAUUGGUCGAGAAAACUUUUCGAGGUAAAAAGUGUCCCUAUAUCGUGCAAAUGGAUGGGUCGACAUACAAACCAGAUUAUAUGUUAAUUCCUAAGGACCAAGAAGCAAAUUAUAUAAAUGCUACUGAACAAUUUACAGAAAGAAUUAUGCCACGUGUAACUGACUUGCCACCUUUACUAAAAGAAAUAUUGAUACGUAAUACAAAUGAAAAAAAAGAUGAUCUAAAAUUGGAACUAAAAUACAGCUUUCUUGGUAUGAAAAAUUACAGAGUUGCUGAAGAGAAUGAAACUCCUACAGUUAAUAUAGAAUCUGGCUUAGGAAAACCAGCAAGUCCUAGUUUGUACAUAGAUAUUAAACAAGAGAAUAUGUCAUGAAUAUAAUUUUAUGUAUGCAUUGGAUCUCAUACUGUAAUAAUACAGACUAAAUAUUCUUCCAUUAAGUAUCUAUGUUCUUUAUAUUUAAGUCAUUAAACGAUAUUUUUCACAACGAAUCAAAUUAUCAUCAAUUAUCGUAUGUUUUAUAUCAUUCUGAAUUUGAUCUGCAAUAAUAAAUUAAAUAUAUUAAUAUCAUUAUUGUCAU